AUGCUGGCAUCCUUGCAUAUGCAUGAGGAAACAAGCAGCAAGGCUUCAGACCUAGCUAUCAAAUCACUGCACCCUCAGCAUCAGCAGUGGCUGUGAGAGGGUCUGGGUUUGGCCACCUGGAGCAUGAGGGUGCCCCACGGCCCUGGCACUGACCCAUCAGGGUCUCCCAGAGCAUUUCACCUUGCACAGGUGAUCCUGGGGGCACACAGAUUUUACUCACAGGGCAUCUCAAGUAGCUGUGCAAAUAAGUGUCUGCUGAGAGUUCACUCCUCAUCAGGCUAAAAAUCACCUUUCUCCUGUGAGCUUUUCCUGUGCUUUGGGGAUGGCACCGGAUCCCUGCUUUGCUCCCAAGCAGGUCAGUGGUCUCUCUUGCUGGGCAACAGCAGCAGGAGCCACACAGUUUCUUGCUUCUGUUUGAUAUCUUUGUCAGGGAAGAUUAAGCAGCUGCUGCUUUUUUUCCUGUCCUUGUCAUGUUUGUUAUGGAUUGUUAAUGCUCCCUGCUUGACAUACUGAAAGGAGUUCAUCUCCAGCAGAUGCUGAAGGUACAUCCCCCAAAGAGUGUCAAGCCAGUCUUGAAAAGCACUUCAAAACACUCAAUAUUGGAAGUUACUUCUAAAAAUUUUGUUGUUAGGCUUGGGUGGUUGGCCCAGAACUGUGCAAGGUGGUAAGUCAAGGUGGGAGCCUGGUGUGUGUUUCUGAAUGACUGAUGGUACUGUUCCAGAAAGCUCUGCUCUGACCCUGGGAUUCAGGGUGUCUGUGUGACCCCAUCAUGAUGCCUGUGACAAUCCAGCUCCCUUGGAGUAUUUCUUCACCAUUUUGUUCUCAGGAUUGUCUGCUGUGUGUUGCCUCUAGCACUGAAACCACAGGGAGGGCAAUGGAUAGGGAUUCCUCUCUGCAGUGUGCUUUCUAGUACAGUAUCAUUGCUGACACCUGCAGUAGCAGCCAGCUUAAGACUAAUGGUUUCCUGCAUCUACUUUUAGCAUUGUCUGCUGCUAUUGUUCACUUUUUGGAAAGAUUCAGCAGCUGGGAAUCAUUUCAGAGAGUCUGCCUUGCCAGAUCCAGGGAUAUGAGUCCCACUUGCCAUUGCCAGGCAGCUUUUAAUGGCUAGAUAUAAAUGCUUUUCUCACCCAGGAGAGAAGUCCCAGAUGGUAUUUGAGAAAUGCUGGAGAUGAUAGGCUUAGGCGGACACUUGUAUGGCCCUUAUGCUCUCAGAGUGCCCGAAUCUGCAGGGAGAUUUGUUGACAUUGGUGGUUACAUCAGAGCUGGAGUCAGCCACGUGGCGCCUGUUCAAGCGAGAUGUAACGUGUUGCUGUAUCCCCACGCGGCUCCGAGCGCUGAGCUAAGGAAGCGCUGGCUGGCAGGAGACAGCUGCUCCUGAGCCCGCUCCAGCAGCAGACAGUAAUGAGAAGAGUCACUAUCUCUUCCUCCUCUUAUACCGAACAGUAAAAUCAAACGUGUCACUGCUUGUGCCUAAUGUUUUGGGAAACAUGUUUAAUUGAGAGGUUUUGAACGAAAAUUCCUGAGAUUAUCCUCCGAGCAGCAUUUUUCCGGCCAUGCGUUAGUCAGAGCUGAAUCAGAGGAGUCGGAUCCUCUUGGUCCUCUUGGCUCUCAGCCUUUCCAACCCAAGUGCCAAUUAAUACUAACAUUGCAAUGAACUUGGGCUCGGUGCGAGCCGAAUCAAACACCCUACCUCAGUCACAAAAUAAGCAGGAUAUUCUUUGGACUGUGGCAGAUCAGACACUGCGAAAACAUCGGAGCCUUGGCACACAGCCGACGCCUCCAAAAAUGACAUUUCUUUCCAGUGUCUGAUUGCUUGUUUUGAUCUCUGCUGAUGAAGAUGGAUGCAAUCAGGGAAGCUGUCCCUGGUGAGCAACUGGGGAUAUAAAACCAAAAGCCAUUUUGCACAACCUGAUGGUAAGUGCUGUGCAGUUCUUGGCUCUAAAGAAAGCAAAGGCUGAGGAAUUUCUUGAACUAGUUUCCUACCAGUUUGCCACAGGUUUGUGUCAGAAACAAGGUCAUGAGCUGGACAGAGCAGAGGUGCUCCUUUGAGCUGGUAAUGGGCCAGAACAAAGAGAUUUACAUUUCUUUGCUUCCUACAAAGCAACAGGAGAGCAAAUGCAUGCCAUCACUGCCAAAAAAUCAGUCCCUUCUUUUUAUUCCUGUGAACUCUUGUAUCAUCUGAAUGUAUUUUAUGAUGGAAACCUUACCAGUUGGAAUCUGGCUUUAUGCAGCACUAACAUACAGCAGUGUCCACGCUCUAAGAAACACUGUUUAUCUGCAAUGACCAUCCUGUGGCAUUACCUCUUGUUUAGUUCUUCCUCUAUCGUUAAAGCAGAACCCAGUGAUCAGGCUGUGUAAUAAUCACCAAUAAAUCUUGACAUUUUAAUGGUGAGUGCUGUACUUUGGGUAUACCUCUAAUAAUGUUUCUUUAAAAGGGCUCUGGUUUAUCAAAUGUUGAUGGUUAAUGCUGUUAAAAUGUCAGACACGUGCAGCCUGGUUCUGGCACAAAUUCCAUGGCGACAGCAUUGCUCUCUGAUAAUGUAUAUCAUUCAAAGUUAUAGCGUUGCUAAGUGCAUUCCUCUCUUCUACUGCUCUGUAGCAGCAUUUCAGCACCUGAUAGACUGUACCAAGUCCUGAGUCUAUGCUGUUUCCAGAGCUCAUGGCUGUUAAAUACACUAUACCAAAGCAAACAAACAUUUUCCUGCUGAAAUAUUUCCAGUAAAAUCUGGUUCUAAUGCUAUUUUUAAUACAAUUGCUGAAUUACAUGUGGUUUGAACCCAUCAUUGUACUUUGAGCUGUAUCACCUUUACGAAAAGUACAGACGUGUUUUGCAUUUAUACACUGCAAAAUCUGCUCAACGAAAUCCUUGCUUCUUCCAUAUCAUUUUGUCAUGUUUUUUUUUUGUUUAGCUUAUAUUAACAAGCGACAUGAAAAAUAACAUGUGUUUUUUGCCCUAAAGAAAUUGGGGCACCCUGGAAUUUUUUUCUAUACUUAUUUUUGCGUCAAACUAAGUGGUGUGAUACAUACAUUUAUCCUGUUUCCUCAGUGGGAUGUGACAUGAGAGCUACAAAUAAACGUCUUUGAUAUUCCUCAGACACUGGUUUAUAUGAUAAAACCUAAAGGCUCCAAGGACUACAUGUGAAUUUUAAACAGUGCCUUAUGAAUACAGAAGUGGGUGUCCUUGCCUCCCUGUGAAUACACAUGUCAAUAAAUUGUCAUGAGCCUGAGGCAGAGCUGUAGAAUCAAUCACCGGAGACCAGAGAGAAUCACAUUAAUUCUAACUUUGACUUUCAUGACACUGCUUGUUUGUUUUUGCUGGGGGUUGGCUAUGGAAGAAACAAAAACAACAUUAGGUAGACUGGUUUCAAAAGCAGCUUUUGGUUUUGCAAGAAAAUUCUGAGCUGGCACACCAAACAGACAAUAUUUUCUUAGAUCUGAAAUCUAAGAAACUGCAGGCUUCAGGUUGGAAGUGUGAGUACGGUUUAUCUCAGGGGUACACAAAACACCAUUGCUAAAAAUGUGUGGGUAGUUUGGGGGAGAGAGAGAUGCCACCGAAAGGUUACUUCGUGAAAAUCUGUCACUCUGCAAACGCCUCCUCUGUUGUGUUUCAUUACUUUUUAGCACGCGUGAAUAUGCAGCCCUAGAGAGUCCUGACACUGGAUGUGUUUAUACCACAUUCCUAGGGUGUUUUUGGUUACAGCUGGUGGCUGCUUUCUGAGUGUCUAUUUGGAUUCCUGAGUGGGUUUAUCCUAAACCAAACAAAGGGUUAGGAGCUACCCAUGGCUUCUCUCUCUAUUCAGGCUGGUCCCUGAGCAGUGCAAAGGUGUUCUCAGCCAUCAAGCUGAAUGGGAGUGGAAGUGAUCUGGCAUAAAGCUGGAUAUAACCUCCUUUUUUAUUAUUUUGUGCAGUGAAUGAGUUGGAAAACAAAACAAAAAAAAAGUGACAUUUCCUUAAUAUUCUUUUUUUUCACAGGUAUCCAUCUAGAGAACUAAAAAUCCUGAACAAUGGCUCUACCUACCUCCCAGUACCUGGCUGGAAAGUUCAUUUAUUUUCUGUUUGUAGUCUCUUCAGUAAGCACAGCAGAAGCAGCUGUCACAUGUCCUGACAAAGAUCCUGAAUUAGAAAACUGGAAUCCAGGUCACAAUGAAGAAAACCAUGUUGAAAUCAGUAAUGGCAGGAAGCUCCUUCUCUCCUCUUCUGCAACUGUCCACUCUAUCCACAUCACCAAUGGAGGAAAACUGGUCAUUAAAGACGAUGUGCAGCCUAUCACUCUGCGUACCAGACAUAUACUCAUUGAAAAUGAUGGAGAGUUACACAUUGGCAGUGAGCUGUGCCCUUACCAAGGCAAUGUGGAUAUCAUCUUAUAUGGGCGAGCCGAUGACGGCAGCCAGCCAGAUCCUUACUUUGGGCAGAAGUAUCUUGGAGUAGGUAAAGGUGGCACUCUUGAGAUCCAUGGAAAGAAAAAGCUGUCCUGGACUUUCUUAAACAAGACUCUUCAUCCUGGUGGCAUGGAAGAAGGUGGAUAUUACUUUGAAAGGAGCUGGGGCCAUCGGGGUGUCAUUGUCCAUGUUAUUGACCCAAAGACAGGGGCAGUUGUCCAUUCAGAUCGGUUUGAUACCUACAGAGCAAAAGAGGAAAGUAUCCGUCUUGCCCAGUAUUUGGGCAGAGUUGCGAAUGGCAUGAUCCUCUCAGUCGCAGUGAACGAUGAAGGAUCCAGAAACUUGGAUGACUUGGCCAGGAAAGCAAUGACCAAACUGGGCAGCAAGCAUUUCCUCCACCUUGGGUUUAGGCACCCAUGGAGUUUUAUUACCAUUAAAGGAAAUCCCUCCUCUUCUGUUGAAGACCACAUUGAAUAUCAAGGUCACAGAGGGUCAGCUGUGGCCAAAGUAUUCAAACUAUUCAAAGCUGAGAAUGGAGAACAUUUUAACGUCUCUUCGACGAGUGAGUGGGUUCAAGAUGUAGAAUGGACAGAGUGGUUUGAGAAGCCUAAUAAAGUGAGAUCUAAGGACAUGGAAAAGCUGUCUGACUUCAAAGCUGCUCAUCCUGAUAAAAUCUGUAGGCAGCCCAUUGACAUCCAGGCAAUGACGCUUGAUGGAGCUGAUUUAACAACGGAGGUUUUCUACAAGAGUGGCCACGAUUACCGGUUUGUGUGCCACGGCAAGGGCCAGACAGGCGAGGGCUGCCAGAACUACAGAGUGAGGUUCCUGUGCGGCAGAUCUGUGAAACCAAAGCUCACAGUAACCAUUGACACAAACGUGAACAGCACAGUCCUGAAUCUGGUGGAUGACGUGAGCUCAUGGAAACCUGGAGACAGGCUGGUGGUGGCAAGCACUGACUACUCCAUGUACCAGGCAGAGGAGUUCCAAGUACUGCCAUGCAGCACCUGCAGGCCCAACCAGGUCAAGGUAGCAGGAAAAGCAACCUACCUCCACAUCGGGGAAGUCAUUGACGGCGUCGACAUGAGGGCAGAGGUGGGGCUGCUGAGCCGCAAUGUCGUGGUGAUGGGCGAGAUGGAGGGGCAGUGCUAUGAGUACAGCAGCAAGCUAUGCUCCUUCUUUGAUUUCGACACCUUUGGGGGACACAUCAAGAUUGGUCUAGGUUUUAAGGCUACCCAUAUUGAAGGUCUAGAACUGAAAUACAUGGGCCAGCAGACAAUGGGACAUUACCCAAUUCAUUUCCAUAUGGCUGGAGAUGUGGAUGAGAAAGGAGGCUACAACCCUCCAACGUAUGUAAAGGACACCUCCAUCCACCAUACCUUCUCCCGCUGUGUCACAGUCCAUGGAUCCAAUGGUUUACUGGUGAAGGAUGUGGUGGGUUAUGAUGCACUGGGCCAUUGCUUUUUUACGGAGGAUGGACCAGAAGAGCGCAACACGUUUGAUCACUGCCUUGGACUCCUUGUUAAACCCAGCACGCUGCUCCCCUCCGACAGGGACAGCAGGAUGUGCAAGCUGAUCACAGAGGGAGCUUACCCAGGGUACAUCCCCAAACCCAGGCAGGACUGUAGUGCUGUAUCCACCUUCUGGAUAGCAAACCCACACAACAACCUUAUAAACUGUGCAGCUGCUGGAUCUGAGGAAACAGGCUUUUGGUUUGUUCUGCACCACGUGCCAACAGGGCCCUCAGCAGGCAUGUACUCCCCUGGCUACUCGGAACAUGUGCCGAUGGGGAAGUUCUCCAACAACCGUGCGCAUUCCAACUACCGGGCUGGAAUGAUCAUUGAUAACGGCGUUAAAACCACUCCAGCCUCUGCCAAGGACAAAAGACCUAUCCUGACAAUGAUUUCUGGGAGGUACAGUCCACACAAGGAUGCUGAUCCUUUGAAGCCCAGGGAACCUGCGAUAAUCGAGCGCUUUAUUGCCUACAAGAAUCAGGAUCACGGGGCCUGGCUGCGAGGUGGAGAUGUGUGGCUGGACAACUGCCAGUUUGCUGACAAUGGCAUUGGACUGACCUUGGCGAGUGGUGGGACCUUCCCUCAUGAUGAUGGCUCAAAGCAAGAGAUCAAGAACAGCCUGUUUGUUGGUGAGAGUGGAAACCUGGGCACUGAGACAAUGGACAAUGAGAUCUGGGGACCUGGAGGUCUGGAUCACAGAGGAAGGACCCUGCCCAUUAGCCAGGAUUUUCCAAUUCGAGGGAUUCAGUUCUACGAUGGACCCAUCAACGUCCAGAACUGCACCUUCCGCAAGUUCGCGGCCCUGGAUGGUCGGCACACGAGCGCCUUGGCUUUCCGGCUCAACAACGCCUGGCAGAGCUGCCCCAACAACAACGUCACCGACAUCCACUUUGAAGAUGUUCCUAUUACCUCAAGAGUCUUCUUUGGAGAACCUGGCCCCUGGUUCAAUGAUCUGGAUAUGGAUGGUGAUAAAACAUCAGUUUUUCAUGACAUAGAUGGUUCUGUGUCAGAAUAUCCAGGCUCGUACCUGAUCAAAGAGGAUAACUGGUUAAUCAAGCACCCUGACUGCAUCGACGUGCCCGAUUGGAGAGGUUCCAUCUGCAGUGGACACUUUGCACAGAUAUACAUCCAAGCCUACAAGCCAGCCAAUCUGAAAAUGAAAAUAAUAAAAAAUGACUACCACAAUCACCCACUCUACUUGGAAGGGGCUUUAAGCAAAAGCACUCAUUACCAGCAGUAUCAGCCAGUUAUAACUCUGAGGAAAGGCUACACCAUCCACUGGGACAAGACAGCCCCUGAAGAGCUGGCCAUAUGGCUCAUCAACUUCAACAAGAACGACUGGAUUCAAGUAGGGUUUUGCUAUCCUAAAGGGACGACAUUUUCCAUUCUCUCAGACAUCCACAACCGUCUCUUGAAGAAAACAUACAAAACUGGAACCUUCUACAGAACCUCUCAAAUGGAGAAACUGGAGCACAGAUACCCUACCAAAGGAUACUACUACUGGGAUGAGCACACUGGGCUGCUGUUUCUGAAACUCAAAGCUCAAAAUGAGAAAGAGAAGUUUGCUUUCUGCUCUGUAAAGGGCUGUGAACGAAUAAGGAUCAAAGCUGUGAUCCCAGAGACAGCUGGUGUCAGUGACUGUGAAGCCAUGGCCUAUCCCAAGUACACUGAGACACCAAUAGUGGAAGUACCAAUGCCGAAGAAGCUCUCCAGUGCACAACUGACCAAGGACCACCUAACAGAAGUGAAAAUAGAAACUUAUAAGAAACAGUAUUUCCACCUAAAGGAUGACUUUGCAUACAUAGAGGUUGACGGUGUCAGAUUUUUCCUCACUGAUGAGGGUAUCCAACUGGUUGUGAUUGAUGGACAUCAUGGAAAAGUUGUUGAUCGAGUAACAUUCAAAAACUCCAUUCUACAAGGAAUCCCAGCACAGAUAGAAAAUUAUGUCAACAACAUCAAAGAUCACUCCAUAGUGCUGGUGACAUCUAAAGGAAGAUUCAUUUCAAGAGGACCAUGGACUAAAGUACUGGAGAAACUUGGAGCAGAAGAGGGGCUUAGGUUAAAAGAAAAAAUGGCUUUUGUUGGCUUCAAAGGCAGCUUCCGCCCUGUCUGGGUGAAGCUGGUCACUAACGAGGACUCAGCUAAAAUCUACCAAGCACUGCCAAUCCCUGUGGUGAAGAAAAUGAAGUUGUGAGGACACCCUGCUGUGUCUCCUGGCUGCCAGCACUGCCCCAUGGGACGGACUACUGACCGCUCGCCGCAGGCGCCUCGCCAGCCUGCACACCAGGUGUAGCAUUUUGUUGUUGUUGUUGCUGUUCAAAAAGAAAUCUUACUGUAAGUAGCUAGAGUGGCCACAUGUGACAGAAAAGCCUUCCUCUGUGACCAGUGUGUGUCCUGUGAUCGCCAGCCCCACCCGGCUGGGCUCGCACACCGAUGCCGCGUCGACUCUCGUGUUACUAAGCGAGGUUUGACCUGUUCUUACCAGGUGCUGGUUUUAUCAGCGCCCCUGUGACAGACUAACCUACGUGCUGCCUCUCCCAGGGAGAGUUCUAGGUCUAAAGGCCAUCGAGGAUUGUUGCUUUUACAAGUUGUCCAAACACUUUUUUUUUUUCAUAGUGUAACCAGCUGCUCACAUACAUGUGGAAUGCCAGUUCAAAGGCUGGUUGACAAUCUGAGGCAGAAAGAGUAUAUAUUUGAACGAUUACCUAGAUGCUGGGAAAUGUGACUGGACAGUAGGCAUUUAUCCUAAAGCUUCUGUGAGGUUUGAUCAAGCUCUUUGGGUUGUGUUUUGUACAUGCAACCCAAGGCACAUAGUUGGGGAAGAGAUGAGAAAAGGAGCAGACAAAACAUGCCAGUGGAGACUGAUGAAACCACAUAUUUCUGCUAGAAGGAGAGCAAUGCCAAUUAGCACAUGUAUUUUCUCAGCCUUUCCCAUACAACCUUUCCCCUCUAUAUAAUAGUGUUCAAGAUCAGUCUGGAGGGUUUAUGGUUGCCAGUUAAAGCCACCCCUUUCAGGGCUUCCAGUUUUUAGCUAGGAAUACUGAGACUUACCUUAUUCGACAUCAAAUAAUGUCCUCGCCUUUCCCAGGACAUCAGAGGGAACAGGAUCAGACUGCUCUGCUGUGUGUUGCUUUCUAAUCCUGUCCUCAGGCUUAAGGAUAUUAUUGUCUUAGUCCUCCUGGAAGAGUUACAUGAGACCUGCAUGAAAGGUGACAGAGGUCUUACCAGGCAGCUGAAGAAUUAAAGUGGGAUUCCCCAUGCACUAGUUGGAUGUCUCAUACCUCCUGCUUGAAACAAUACCUGGGUAAUGAAGGCAGAUUAGUGUGAAUCAGGAUUCUACAGGGGCAUCUCCUGAAGCUGGGAAAGUAAACACUACCUUGUAAAACACUGAAAGCACUUCUAGUGUUUAAUAAUAUUUCUGUGUGUUGCUCAGAAAUGCCAUGAAGGUGUCUCUGGAGGCUGUGGCUGUUCUAAGAAACCUGAGGGCAGGGGGAAAGUGUAAAAGACAGGAUGAUGAGCCUUUUAAAGUGCGUAGAAUGACAAUUUUGCCAAUAAUACUUGGGUUUGUUUCCCCACUUUAUCCCUGCCUGUCCCCAUUGCCACAUAGAUUAUUAUAAUUGCUGAUGGCUACUUCAUUUUGCUCUGUCUUAAGUAAAAUUUAUGUAAUUAAAUUGCUUUUCCCCCACAGUAUCCAAAAUGCUACCUUGCAGCUAGACUGAAAAGCAAGGAUUUUGUGUGUCAUUCCAAAGGCUGGGCAGGUGCUGUACUCUAUAAGCCUGGUUUAGAUCAGUCAUUCUGAAAGUCAAAGCAACCAUGAGUAAAAUUUAGGUAAUCCUGUAAGUUACAUUCCUAUCAAGCCUCUCCUGGGUUUUGAAACUGGAAAUGUUCUUUUCAGUCUUAUUAUAUAAUUGUUUCAAAUUCAUGGAGUGUCAUGUGUAUUGUAUUUGAAAAAAAAAAAAAAAAAGAAGAAGGAAGAGCCAAGUGUUCCCUCCCUGCUUCCCAACAAGAGUCUGUUAACGAAUGUUCUUCAGGCAUUUGUGCUGUUUCCAGAAUGAAUGGCCAACACUUGUAAAAGGCAAGUAAGGUGGAUUGGUUUUUUUCCCCAAAUUCUUAUGAUUGUUUGGGGAUUUAACAAACUGUUCCAAACAUGAAAGAGUCAGUCUCACUGGUGGUUCAACCAUGAUCGCACAAACAUUGUUUAUCUGAUGUUCUCAGAUGGCCAAAAUGGAGCCAUAUCCAUGAAGUCAAGGGAACAAACUGACAAGAAUUCCCUUGAGUCCAUCAGUCUGGGUUAUCUAAACCUCUUCACUGCCCUGAGCCAAUGGCAUUGAUGCCAUUGCACCAGUGUUGGUGGAACACACUUGCUUUCAAGAGAUGGACCAAAGCAGGAGUAUUUCUGAGCACUUAACAGAUGGUGGGCAGGAAAACUGGGUUUGGAAUGUGCCUGGAGUGGGAUCUGGCUUUGUACGACCUCCAGGGCAGGGUUGCCCUCUGUGGUGCUUCACUGGCCACAACCAUUUCCCCUCUCCUGCUCCCUGUGAGUGUACACAUGGCCAGGAGGAUCACACCAGGUGGGUCUAUCCCCUGACAGGUCUGUUCAGCUUCUACGAGCAGCUGCCUUUAUGCUGAAGUGUAGCUUCUGAUUUUACUGUUUUGGGAAUUCUCAGGGUGAAAUCAUAAGACUUGGCUCUAGGAAAAAAACUUUUUUUUCUUUCCUAAAAAUCUCCUCUUAUUAAGAGAAGAAAACUUUUAAGUAGCUUGUUCUAUCAGGCAGAGCUUGUCACAUGGGGCCUGUUUUGGAGCUCGGGUGGUUCUCAUGCUGUGAAUAUGGAGUAGGGAAUCACUGCAGUCUGUAAUCUCGAGGGAUAGCAGAGCAUUGUGGCCCUGUACCGGGACAGCCAUGCCAGUGAAAUGCAAAGGGCUCUCGUUGACCUUCAUGGGUGGAGUCAGUGUGUUGCUCUGAAGACAGAAGGAAACCUGAUACCAUCACCAGUCAGCAAGAGCUUUGUGCCAUACGAUUACUGUUUAAUCUUUGACUGUUCUAGAAACUGCACGUGCACAUUCUGACUAGUGAGUUACCUGACUGCUUGUUCCUUGUUCAUCCUGUACAGUCGCUGCACAAGCUGCAGUGACCCCCUUUUAAUGUUUUAUUACUGCAGAUGUUUCCGUGUUUGCCUACGCAGUUGCCAUUGGUAGAGUGGGGGGUUUGGAUUGCAUUUUAUUUGUUUGUCUCUUUGUUUGUUUGGAUGUUUGGGGGUUUUUUUGCCUCUGUUUGAAUGCUUGUUUUACCUGUCGCCGAAACAGCUGGUCCUUUUUCGGAGUUAGAUGUUUGUACAUUUUCUUAUAGACUUUCCAAUGAAAAAAGAUAUAUUUUCUAUUAAUUUAUUACAAUGGCACUAAGACAACUAAAUUGCAGACAUAUGAAGCAUUUUUACUGGAGUUGAACAUUGUCCAGGUUGUUAAGGAGGUCAGCAAUAUGUCUUUUCUGAUAAUCUGCUUUGCACUUGGAAGCUCUCUGUGUCCGCAGACCAUGGUAAUGCAUUGACUGUCGGGUUUAUGAUGACAAGAGCUCUUGGGACGUUGGUUCCAACAGAUUGUGGCUUACAAAUGAAAUAACAUGUAGUUGUUUGGAGUACACAAUUGUUUAUCAAAAUAAAUAUUGAGUGCAAAUUUCUUAUUUUA